AAGUCCCGUGUCUUUGGAGUCGGGUGGUAAGGGGCAGGUCUGCUGCUGCUUCUGCUGCUCUUGCUGGCGCCGCCGCUGGGCGCGGGUCCGUCAUGGCGCUGGAGACCCUCUCGCCGGACUGGGAGUUCGACCGCGUCGACGACGGUUCUCAGAAAAUUCAUGUUGGAGUACAGUUGAAGAAUUAUGGGAAAUUUCUAGAGGCAUACACUUCUCAGCUGAAGCGAAUUGAAGAUGCAUUGGAUGACUCCGUAGGAGAUGUUUGGGAUUUCAAUCUUGAUCCCAUUGCAUUAAAUCUUUUGCCUUAUGAACAGUCUUCCUUACUCGAACUCAUAAAUACGGAAAACAAGGUUCUAAACAAAGUAAUCACUGUGUAUGCUGCCCUUUGCUGUGAAAUAAAAAAGUUAAGAUAUGAGGCAGAAACAAAAUUUUAUAAUGGCCUCUUGUUUUAUGGAGAAGGAGCUAUGGAUUCCAGUAAGGUGGAAGGUGAUGGCCAAAUACAAAUGGGAAGAUUUAUUUCAUUUUUACAGGAGUUGUCUUGUUUCGUGACGCGCUGCUAUGAGGUCGUGAUGAAUGUAGUUCAUCAGUUGGCUGCCCUUUAUACCAGUAACAAGAAUGCACCUAAAGUUAUAGAAACAUCAGGAGUUCAUUUUCAGGCUAUGUAUGAGCAUCUGGGAGAACUGCUGGCAGUUUUACUUACCCUGGAUGAGAUAAUAGACAACCAUGCUACCCUGAAAGAGCACUGGACUAUGUACAAAAGGUUACUAAAAUCUGUCCAUCAUAAUCCUUCUAAAUUUGGAGUGCAGGAAGAUAAGCUGAAGCCAUUUGAAAAGUUGCUAUUAAAACUAGAAAACCAAUUACUGGAUGGGACGAUAUUCCAGGCCUGUAUAGAGCAACAAUUUGAUUGCCUCAAUGGUGGAGUGUCAGUGUCGAAGAACAGCACUUUUGCUGAGGAGUUUGCACAUAGUAUUCGCACAAUUUUUGCAAAUGUUGAAGCUAAACUUGGUGAACCCUCAGAAAUUGACCAGAGAGAUAAGUACGUAGGAAUUUGUGGGCUGUUUGUACUGCAUUUUCAAAUUUUUCGGACAGUAGACAAGAAAUUUUACAAAUCGUUACUGGACAUUUGCAAAAAGGUGCCAGCUAUUACACUUACAGCUAAUAUCAUUUGGUUUGCUGACAACUUUCUCAUUCAGAAGGUGCCAGCUGCUGCCAAGCUUCUGGACAGGAAGAAUUUUCAUUCCAUUAAAAUACAAAGAGAAACUUUUCUGCAGCAGAAGGCUCAGUCACUUACCAAAGAGAUGCAGUCAUAUUACGUAUUUGUGAGCUCCUGGAUGAUGAAAAUGGAAUCUAUUUUGUCAAAGGAACAACAAAUGGAUAAGUUUGCAGAAGAUCUCACUAAUAGGUGCAACAUUUUUAUACAGGGUUUUCUGUACGCUUACAGCCUUAGUAAUAUCAUUAAAACUACAAUGAAUCUGCACAUGUCAAUGCAGAAGCCAAUGACUAAAACCUCAGUUAAAGCGUUGUGCAGGCUUGUGGAACUUCUCAAAGCAAUACAGCAUACAUUUUACAGAAGAAGUAUGAUUGUCGCUGAUUCAGUAACGCACAUAAUUCAGCAUCUACAGCAUCAGGCUCUUAAUGCUAUUGCUAUAGCCAAGAAAAGAGUUAUUUCAGACAAGAAGUACAGUGAACAGCGCCUUGAUGUACUCUCUGCUCUUGUAUUGGCUGAGAACACCCUCAACGGUCCUAGCACAAAACAGAGACGACUAAUUAUUUCCCUCGCACUCAGUGUGGGCACACAAAUGAAAACAUUUAAAGAUGAAGAGCUCCUUCCUCUCCAAGUAGUUAUGAAGAAGCUGGCCUUAAUCAGUGAACUUAAAGAACGAGUCCAAGCACAAUGUGACUGUUGCUUCUUGUAUUGGCACAGAACUGUAUUUCCAAUCUAUCUUGAUGAUGUCUAUGAAAAUGCAGUGGAUGCUGCUAGGUUACAUUACAUGUUUAGUGCAUUGCGGGAUUGUGUACCAGCUAUGAUGCAUUCAAGGCACUUGGAGUCCCAUGAAAUACUUUUGGAAAGUUAUGACAAAGAAAUCAUGGAUGUUUUAAACAAGCACCUCCUGGACAAACUAUGCAAAGAAAUAGAAAAGGACCUUCGCCUUUCUGUACACACACACUUGAAACUCGAUGACAGAAAUCCCUUCAAAGUUGGAAUGAAAGACCUUGCCCACUUCUUCUCCUUGAACCCAAUUCGUUUUUUCAAUCGGUUCAUAGAUAUAAAAGCCUAUGUGACACAUUACCUAGACAAGACUUUCUACAACCUUACUACAGUAGCUCUGCAUGACUGGGCCACCUAUAGCGAGAUGAGGAAUUUAGCAACGCAACGCUAUGGUUUAACUAUGACAGAAGCACAUCUUCCUAGUCAGACUUUAGAACAGGGCCUUGAUGUUCUGGAAAUUAUGAGGAAUAUUCAUGUAUUUGUAUCCCGCUACCUCUACAAUCUCAAUAAUCAGAUCUUCAUUGAGAGAAUCAGCAAUAACAAGCAUUUGAACACCAUAAAUAUCAGGCACAUUGCUAAUUCAAUUCGAACACAUGGCACAGGAAUCCUGAACACAACUGUAAAUUUCACAUACCAGUUUCUGAGAAAGAAAUUUUAUAUCUUCAGCCAGUUCAUGUAUGACGAGCACAUCAAAUCCAGAUUGAUCAAAGAUAUCAGAUUCUUUAGGGAAGUUAAAGAUCAAAAUGACCACAAGUACCCCUUUGAGAGAGCAGAGAAAUUCAACCGAGGGAUCAGAAAACUUGGAAUUACACCUGAUGGACAAAGUUACCUUGACCAGUUCAGGCAACUAAUAAGUCAGAUAGGGAAUGCCAUGGGCUACGUCCGAAUGAUAAGAUCUGGUGGACUUCAUUGCUGUAGCAGUGCAAUUAGGUUUGUUCCUGAUAUUGAAGAUAUCAUUAAUUUUGAAGAACUUGUGAAAGAGGAAGGUCUUGCUGAAGAAACACAAAAAGGAGCCAGGCAACUGGAUUCUGUACUUGGUGAUCUCACACGCAAUUCUGCAGAAGGCACAGAGUAUUUCAAAAUGCUUGUGGAUGUGUUUGCUCCUGAGUUUCGCAGUUCAAAGAACAUGCACCUACGCAACUUUUACAUAAUUGUUCCACCAUUGGCUCUCAACUUCAUAGAGCAUUCAAUCGGCUGCAAAGAGAAGCUGAAUAAGAAGAACAAAGCUGGUGCAGCUUUCACCGAUGAUGGUUUUGCCAUGGGUGUAGCUUACAUUCUGAAGCUUUUGGACCAGUACCAAGAAUUUGACUCUCUCCAUUGGUUCCAGUCAGUUCGGGAGAAAUACGUGAGAGAGAUCAGAGCGUUAGCAAAACAGCAGAAUGUUCAAUCAGGUGUCCAAGAUGAAAAACUGCUACAGACUAUGAACCUUACUCACAAGCGACUGGAAGUUUGUUUGCAGGAGUUUGAACUGCUUUAUUUCUCACUAAGCAGCGCAAGGAUCUUUUUUAGAGCCGAUAAAACUGCAGCAGAAGAAAAUCAAGAGAAAAAAGACAGAGAAGAACUUGGAAAAACAAGCAAUGGGGACCUGUCCAACUCUAGUUCUACAGAUCCUGUUGUGAAAUGACAGCCUUGACAUAUAGAGCAAUGGUGAUUUGUUGAAACAGAUGGGACCAAACUGGCAUAGAAUUUUUCACCUUCUGAAUCUGAUAGUGACCCAGAAGUGCCAUGAACUGUAGAGUAAUCCAUACUCUCACAACUAAAAAAAAAUACAAUU